CUUGUUGGAACUUCUAAGCUUAAGGCCUGCCGGCCCAGUGCCAAAUGUAGAUCUCAGAUUCUCGACUGUCAGACUCCGAUCAGUGAGCCACCUCAUGUCUUCCCCAUCUGCCACCAAUCCCUCCGCAGCGGAUGAAACUCUCCGCGCUCAAAUUUUCCAGAGAUUACACCCUCGCGUUUAUCUCGAAAGGUUUAUCGCCGAGAAAAUCAGGCCAGAUGGACGUACGUUUGAUGAAUGGCGCAACGUUUCUGUGAAUGUCGGUACGCGAUUCACCCAACUUUUGCGGUGCUCACGCCAUGAUGCGCUUGCUGCAGGAUCGAUAUCAACGGCUGAUGGCUCUGCUCUUGUGCGUAUGGGAGAUACCACGAUUGUUUGCGGCGUCAAGGCAGAAAUAGCAGAACCCGAGCUCGACCGGCCUGACCAAGGAUUUUUAGUACCUAACAUCGACCUGCCCGUGAUCUGUUCUCCAAAAUUCAAGCCAGGUCCUCCUACAGAAGAAGCCCAAGUCCUUUCUGAUAGACUAAAUGAAGCUCUCAUCGCCUCAGGCGCGCUUCCAUUAUCUUCGCUGUGCAUUCACCCCGGAAAAGCUGUUUGGACGCUUUAUGUGGAUUGCACGUGUAUAAAUUAUGAUGGGAAUGCGUUCGAUGCGGCACUGCUAGCUAUGUUAGGCGCGCUUAGAAAUACUACGCUGCCCAAAGCCACAUACAACGAAGAAACCGGACGCACAAUGUGUUCGCGAAAAACUCGAUCGCCGCUACAAUUAACUCGAAAUUUUGCUUCGGCUUCUUUUGGAGUGUUAGACACAUCACAUGUUCUCUCAGAUCCCACUGCGUUCGAAGAGCCCCUGAUGGACGUGACGCUGACGGUUGUUGUAGAUGACCGAGGGGAGCUUAUCAGCACUACUGAGUCGGGCGGGGCAAUCUCGGAAGAGACGUUGUUGUGGUGUAUCAGUAGAGCGAAAGAAAGGGCUUUGCAGCUCAAAGACUGAUGGUACGCCGCGGACUCCGUAUGGAGACAGCUGUGAGUGAAGAAGUUGACUCUCGUUGGCGUAGCCUGCCAUGAUAUAUCAACCGAUGGCACCUUCACGACGGGAAGGUACCACAAAGCGCUUACAAUCGUCAUGGAUGUACAGUCAUUCCCUUCCCGAUGUCCGUCUGUGUUUUCGGACCUUGGAGCUUUGUUGCCGCCAAUCAGGUCAGACUCAGUAUUACCGUACGUGGCGGUGAUAGUAGUCGUCC